AUGGCGGCCCCUCCAGAAGUGACGACGAAAAACCUGUCGGGGAAAUGGGUCAUGAACAAAAGCCUCUCCGAUGAUGUGGACGCAAUGUUAGCCCUACAAGGACUCAGCUGGUUUACUCGCAAAGCAAUCAGUCUUGCGACCGUGGUGCUCACGAUCAAAGAGUACGAGAAGGAAUCCUUCUACCAUGUCGACAUUACCUCGGUCGCAAGUGGGCUCUCAACCACGCAGGAGGAUCGUACAAUUGACUGGACAGAGCGAGACCAUGCAGAUCGGAUCUUUGGGAAUGUCAAAGGGAAAUCCCGCUGGUGGAAAACAGGAUCAUUCGAGAAGAUAACCCCCGGGGGUGAGGAGUUGGCAGUCUUUCUGCGGGCAGAGAAAUUAAAGGAUGGGAAGACAGACUCCAAGUUUCUAGAUGACGAACACAUACAAAGCUGGGCUAAGAACGUGGACAGUGGUGGCGGGUGGUCUGCAGAACAGAACUGGGGGUUCGAGGAGAUUGAUGGAAAGAGAUACUAUACUCGGCGGAUUGUGGUUGAGAAAGGUGGCAAGGUCCAGAUGGCUAGACUGGUGUACAACUACACUGGUAAGCUCGAUGACAAAAAGGAAGAAGAUGAUCAAGAUCUGGCGUAUGGUGAGGAAUAA